CGUUGCUCGAACAAAAAGGCUCUAAAUGGCUUUUUAGGGCUUUGAUCGUGCUAAAAUUCAUCAAAAAAGGAAUCAGAACGAGUCUAUAGUACGAUCGCAGUGAAAUUCAAUGAAAAAUCCUAACAAAACUGCAAAAAAUAGCAAAGUUAUUGUUUGAAAUUUUAUUUUAAAAUAUUUUAAUUUAGUGUUUGUGUCCAUAAUUUAUCAAAAAAAUCAUAGAAAAACAAAGAAAUCUCCUAAUUUGUACUUAAAACCCGCGAAUUCUCGAAAUAAAUCAGGAAUUCAAGCCAAAAAAUUUACCUGUAAGCUAAAAAUUUCUUUGUACGUGAGUGUAUUGUCAAUAACUACGACUAGCAACAACAACAAACACACAGAAAUUUAUCCAAUUAGAAUAUAAAAGCAAGGAAUUUGCUCUAAUAAUCGCUCGUAAUAAUCAAAAGAGGUCAUUAUUCAAUCCUGCAUUACGCGACAUCAUUACAAAAACAAGGAUUUGGAAGGUUUCGCAGAACUCGGUCAAAUAUCAGGAGAAAGGUAGAGGAGAGUGUGACUUUUUCCCAUCAUUAUCAAUGCUACGACUAUAAUGGUAGUGUCACCGUACAAAGCAUCGAGAAGUCAGAUCGCAAGUGCAACACCGAUAUUUCAAUUAAGAUUAAAUGACACAAUAAACGUAGAUAGUACAAUGGAUAAUAAGCGACCGAGUACAGAAAUUGCUUCCUCGUCUGGCGAGUCAUUCGAAGGAUUUGGCGAAAAUGAGCAGAGCGAAUUGGACCUUGCUCCUGAAAUGAAUCACACGGUCAUCGGUAUCGGUGACGGCGAACGGAACACAUUGUCGAGAAAUUCGUGGUCAAGGACAAGCUUACGCGGCAGCAAUCCAAGGAAUAAUACAAGUUACGACGCGUUACCCAAUCGUCGAUGGGGAUCAAUGAGACAUUCUGGAAAAAGACAACAGUUGAGCUCGAAUGCGUUAGCAAGUCAUCUUUAUCGCUCAUCCAGCUUCAACAGUUCCGGGCGCAGCUCCAAUUGUGACACGACGGAGGACGUUUACAGCGACCUGAGUCUCGAAGAUGUGCAAGAUCUCAAUCAUAAGCUAGAAAUACUGCAGAGGCAAGUUACGAAUCUGGCGGAUACACAAAACAACGUCGACGACAUCAAGUCACGGACGAAGGCGGAUUAUGCGGUGCUGCAGGCGCGUUAUCACAUGCUCGAAGAGCAAUUGCGUGACACGGAGCUACGUGCGGAAGAAAGGUUGGCGGAGGAACAGAAGCGACAUCGGGAGUUGUUGAAUCGCGCGGAACGAGAAACGAAUUUGCUGCAAGAAAAUUGCGAGAUUCGCAUUCGGACCGUGGAACAGGAGAAAAAUAAUGUGCGCGAUGAGUUACAGAGACUGCGGAUGCAAAUGGAGAAACAAACGCUCGAGAUGCAAAAUAUGGAAGACAAGUUGGAGAAGACGCGGGAUAACUUGAUGAAUAUUCAGCAGGAUCUCGUUGAGACAAAGGCCAGUAAUAAAAGAUACCGUGAAGAAAAAGCCACAACCGAACUCAUCCUCAAGGAAAUGGAAACCGAGUUAACCCUCCUGCGACAAGAGAACCAAGAACGUCGUCGCAGCACCGCGAGCAACAACAAUAACGAAGACAUUCGAUUUGAAGAGCUAACGCGCGAACUGAGUGAAUUAAAAGACCAAAACCGACAACUCCAGGAGGCAAAUGAGGAAUUACAGGCAAUGAUGUUGACGCGAGGCGUGGAACAGGGCAUUAAUCUACUUAACGGGACUUCCGCCAGUCUAGCGAAGGAACUCGAGGCAAUGGGCCAACAGCAGGAUACAAUUGAUUCCGCGACAUUAGAGUCUUUGUCUCAGCUACAAGAAGCCUACAAAGACAAGGAAGAAGAGAAUAAACGUCUGAAGCACUACAUUGACACAAUUCUGUUGAACAUUGUCGAAAACUACCCGCAACUACUCGAAGUUAAAUCAGCAGCUCCAUAAAAACUGCACUUCUUAAGGACGAUUUUACUACUUUUUGUACUGUAGCCUUACAAAAAAAUUAUUAUUUUUCAUCAAAAAGGCUGACUCCGCUCCAUAUUUUUAUUUUUUUCGUGAGAAGAUGGAGCUUCCAGGAGUGAAAAAAAAAUUGAAUGUUGUCUAUUUUUAACUUGUAAUUUUUAAAAUUUAUUUAAAAACCUGAAAACCCCCCUUUGUAUGUAAUCGUAUAUAUAUUACCUUUAUAGUAUAUUAUAUAAAAUAUAUUUUUUAUUAAAAAUUAAGGAAAAGAAAAAAAGUUUAUACGAAAAAAAAACAUAUUUAUACAAAUUUGCCUUUAAAUUCUCCGUGCUCUUAUUUGCAUGUGUGAUGAUUUCAAAUAAAAAUUGGCCUGUAAUUACUCUAUUUAAAGCAAUAUUCGAAUUCAAAAGUAUUUUAAACAUAAAAAAAAUAUUAAUCAAAAGAGCCUUAAUAAAAAGAAAAGCUGUUUUUUGUUAACAUUUUCUGUCAUAUUUCAUGCCUAUAUACAAAAACUUUAGGAAUUACGUUAGUAUUAUUUUUUAAGGAUAUUUAAACACGUUAGGAUAGUUAA